GGCAGCGCCCUAAAUACUACCCGAGGUAGUCGCCAAACAUCUAUUAUUCGUGUAGUCCUCUUCCUAGAGACAACUAAUAUCCUCCUGUUCUAAUCUCUUUUCUAAUUUCUUCGUGUCACCCCUUGUCUCUUAUUAUUGUUUGCGCCCCCUUUUAUUAUCCCCGGAGUGACAGCCACGGUAAACAAAUCCAUUCUCUUUCGUCCUCUCCCCUCCAUUGAAUGCUCAUUAAGUUGAGCUUGGUACUCUCCAUAAUUGGCGUGGGAUUAUGUGUCGUUGUCGAUUGUGUUCUCCUUCAUCUCAUCCACAUCCUCAUCCUCGUCAGCAUCCUUGUUCCGUUCUCAUCCUCGUCCUCGUUCUUAUCGUCAGAUACAAUCUCCGCGUCUAUCCACUGCGCAGCUUCACCUUCCCGCCCGUCAGUCAUCUCAAAGACAGUAGUCAUCAUCAUCGUCUUCUUCGGUAUCCGGCGUGCACAUGUCGCGCUUGAAGCCGCUGCUGCGCUGCGGGGACGAACAAGUCGACGACGAGGUCGCCGAAGUGCACCAGGGCGUGUCGGUGUCCCAGAUCAAGCUGUUGCUGUUGAUGUUGUUGAGGCUCUGGAUCUCGAGGCUACCCUGGUAACUGCGCUCGAUGCUGGCUAGCUUGGAAUUGAAAACGUCCUCUUUUUUUUUUUCCAGUAUAACGAUUU